CAUGCCCCGCGUCCGAGUCUAAGAGAAAAAUUGUUCAAUUUAUUCUGUGUAAUUGCUGGAAUUUUAGUAUUUCCGAAAUUCUGACCGUUCUCUUAGAAAAAUUAAUCUCGUGGUAAAGGUGAAUAAUCAAAAGUUCUUAUGAAAGAACAGUGAAAAUAUAAUGUGAAGUGAACUUUGUCGAAAAACUACAAAAGUUGUCAGAUUUUUUCAAAAACAACUACAUCAAAUAUCUUUUUCCAAUGCUGCCAUUUAAAUGCAAUCCUUGUGCUCACAUUAUCAAAUAGAUGAAAUAAUUUGGAUGUUAGAAAUUUGAUCAGCAAAGAUUUUCAAUAAAACAUUGAAAAGGAAGAAAGCUGUAGGGAAAAUCGUGUGGUCGUAGCAAAACCAGUGCUGCUUACAUCAGAUUAAGAGUUUUAUUAUUACCCUGCUGCACAUCUCUGCCAAUUAAAGUUACUAGACACAGACAAGAGUUGUCUCAAUUCUUAAGUGUUGAAUGAUAAACAUAGGAUAUGAGAAAGCUAAAUGUAAAUAAAUCGUCAAUCAUGUCACGACCACAAAAAUCAAUCCCUCAACCUAAGAAAGUUGCACCUCCAUCUGUACCGGAAAUAUACCGAUAUUCAACAGGACCUGCAUCUCCAUCUGCCACAUCUAAUGAUGAUGGUGGAUUCAAACGGCAUUUAAUGGAACCUCUUUCACCUUCAUGUCUUACAGUAGGGUAUCAAAGAGGCUCCCGCAUCGAUCCUAUAACUCAUAAGGCAGCAGUUUAUUACCAUCAACAAUAUGGGCUUCAGGAAGAUCAGGGAAUAGACUUAACACAAUCACCAGGACGUGACUCUCCAGGAUCAUCUUCAGGAUCAGCUGGAAGUGGAUCUCGACAUUCUACAGUGAGCCUUGACUCGGGAAGGUCUUCUAGUUAUUUAACUGGUUCAGUAGAUCGAAUGAACCAGCAGUCAGACCAUGAUGUCAUUGCCAAUUGGCUUUUGAUGCUCAAUUCAGACGAUUACUUGCCAUACGCUGCGAAUUUUAGCUCAGCAGGUUAUGACUUAGGAACAAUUGCUAGAAUGACGCCCGAAGAUCUCACUGCUAUUGGAAUUACUAAUCCACAUCAUAGAGAAGUCAUCAAAGCACAUAUUGAUGAACUUCAAGUGAACGAUAGUUUACCUCAUUAUGUGCCGGGUUCAAUUGAUGAAUGGCUAAGACUUCUGCGCCUUGAUGAGUACAUAAAUCCUCUUCAAAAUGAAGGAUUUCAAUCUGUUCGUGAUAUGACAAAGUUAAAUGAAGAAGACUUAGAAGACAUUGGAAUCAUAAAACUUGGACAUCAAAAGAAGAUUUUGCUUGCUAUAAAGCGUGUUAAAGAUAUUUUAAAUGGUAAAGUUGUGCCUUGUAUAAACUUUUGUUGUCAGCCAUCGGUGGGAGUUCAGCCAACCAUUUCCGUAGCUCCAAUGUAUACACAAUCUCAUGAAGAACAGUUUUCUCAUUUGUCAUCAAAAUCAAACAUGUUUGAUCCUCGAAUGCAUCCAGAACAUCACGUUAUCCCUAAUUAUAAUAUUCAGUCGAUUCAAGCACAAUAUCAUCAGCAUCCAGCAAUGACACAUGCAUUGAACUGGCGAAGGAGCUAUGACGAUGGCGAUAUAACGCCAACAAAUGAGAUAAUGGAAGCCAAAAAUGAUUCUUCUUCUGGUGGUGGGACACUUCCACGACAACAACGUCAAUCAAAACGUUCAACAUCGUCAGCAAAAAUUGAUCUUCCUCCAAAACAACCGCUUUUCAACACUGACUAUACAGCAGAAGCAAGAAAACAAAUGUCCAUGUAUUAUAGUACUCCAUCACCUUCAUCAUCAGACUCAACAUGCGCCAUCCGUCGACAAAGUGGGCCUUUGUCUUUGGAAAAUGAUCUGAGUCAGAAAGUAGAGCAAUGCUAUAUUGAUGGAUCUAAUGUACAUUAUGGUCGAUCUAACAUCUCAUCAACACCACAAUUCCAAUCUUCGUAUCAUCAUCAUCAUCAGCAACAACUAAUGUAUCAGAAUCAAAUGAUUCACAACAGUGUCAAUUUCGGUAAACUUUAUGCCGGACAAAUGCAUCAAACACAAGCGGAAGUUCAUGUAGAGCAUUCGCAAGCAGAAGUUUGCAUGUCCAACUCAUCCAUUGAUUCCAUUGAUCAAAUUCCAUUUGCUAAUGAAAAUGCCGGUACAAUAAAGCAACGUCAACUCAACCGAGAGUUGCCACAGUCAGCCUCAUCAUCUUCAACAUCAUCUUCAAAUUCUUCAGCCUCUACAGCUAUUCCUUUGUGUAGUUCUGGACCUAGAGUUAUUUCGCCAGCCACAACUGAGUGCGAUACAAAUCUUAACGAUCCAGAUGAAUCUGAUACAGUGUUUAACGACAUAAAUAUUAUGCUCAAUAAGUUAAACGGUGAAAUUGACAUAAUGAUUGAUCAACAUACCAAUACAGAAGAGAAUUAAUUUAAUUUUUUCUCAUGAUAAUGGUGAUGAUGAUGAUAUUAAUGAUUGAACUCAAAUAUUUUCCUUUAAGUGUAUCUAACGCCUUCGCUGCCUAGGUAGAGAGUUGACAAAUACUUAAAAGCAUUCGCCUUGAUUCACUUUUGUUUGAUUUAAAAUCACUCAAUCAUUGAUUCUUCAUUCAUUCAAUCAUUCUCUUAUUCUUUCACAAUAUGUUGAUCAUACCCAUCGGUAAAUAAUCCAUUAUCUGUAUCUUCACAAACGACGCAGUGAUUUGCUUUAGAAAAAAAUGAAAUUCUACUGAAAAUACGAUGAUAAGAAAAGACUGAAAAAAAGUUAUCUUUGCAACAUACCCAUAAAUAUUUUCAAAUCUUUUUAAAUAUGUUGUCUCUAAAAAUGAACUGCUGCAUUAAAUUUUCUUUUUUGAAAGAUUUUAUAAUUGCUUGCCGUAAAAUCAGCCGAUUUAUAAAAAAGAAAAAAAAUCGUACAAAAAUCGUAGUUCAUUUUUUAUUUUAUCAAUUAUGAUUGAAGCAAAUAAUUCUUUUGGAUUAUAAAUAAUCUACAACAUCUCAUAGCUUACAAAUCUUUCCAACGCACAUGUUUUGUAUUAAAAAUAAAAAGUUUUUAUUCUUUUUUUGUUCAAGCGACAAAUGCAUUCCUUAUAAUUACAAUGACCAAACCGAACUAUCGUGUGUGAUUCAGAAUUAAUUAAAAUUGGAUUUUCAAAUGAUUUUUCUAAGGGGAUUUCUCUGAAAAUUCACAUAGAUUGACAUUUUGUUGAUACCCUCAUAAAUGUCAAAAUACAAAUAUGAUAGUAGAACAACUGGUUAAUAUUGAUCACUCUCAAUGGAUAUUCGUCUAAACGUUAUCUUUGAGAAUCCCCUAAAAUAUUUCUGGUUUAAUUUUUGUUUCUUUUUUUAAACUGCACAAUUCAAAAAGUUUUUUACAUUCUUUUAUGGAAAAAGACGAAAUGACGAUAUAGAUUCAGUUCAAAAAUUGGUGUAAAUGCCAUGAGCACUCGUGACUCUGACAUCUUUUAUUUACAUUAUUUACGAAAUUAUCUAAAUAGAUAUAUACAUACAUACAUACAUAAAUAUGUCCCAUAUCCGAAACAUGUUCAAUUUUAUCAAGGAGGAUAUUUCCGGUGUGGAAAUAGAAUUUCCUUAAGUAGUCAACGAAUAUACUUAUAUUAAACUUUUUUAAUGUUUUAUAAUUGUGUAGUAAUUAGUUGUGUUCUUCGCGUACCUAAAAAUUUUAGAUACAAUUUGUGAGCAAUUUUCUAUGUUUUUCUUAUUUUCUAGACAUCGUAAUUGAAAAGUUACUUUUAAUAAAUGAGAGUAUGACGAAAGGAAUUUUGAUAUUAUUCCUCCUUCAGUAAUGUUUUUUCUUUCUUAUUUAAGUACAUCAUCAAUAGUUCAAUUUUUUGCGUUGAACGAAUAUUUACUAUUUACUUAACAAAAAUGAAAUGGAAAUGUUAAAAAAAAGAAAAGUAAAAAACUUACUAACAAUAAAUAACUAACUGAUAAUGAAACUUCUGAAUUUAUUUGAAGAAACUAAAAGCAAAACUAGUUAUUGUUUAAUUAUCUAUUCAUAAAUAAGACGAUACUAAGAAUUAUAUUUCGAAUGAAAAGCAUUAAAUGGGAUUAUGAGAAAGAGAAAAGUAUGCAAUGAUUGACACAUAAAUAUGUAUGUAAGAAUAAAGAAACUAUUACUGUGGAUUAUCUUAAUGAAUAUCCGAAAGAAAAUAAAUGAAUAAAAAUAUGAUUGCAUAAUAAGGUAUGUAAGUAGCAGAGUCAACAAGAUAUGGUAAUAACAAAAAAAUCGUUAUUUAAUCCAAGAAGAUGAAGAAUACUUAGAAGUGUAGAAUUUUUAUCAACAAUGUUAUCAAGUUAUAAUAGAAUAAAGUAUCCAACAUAGCUCUAUUCGUACAUACAUACAUACAUACAUGCAUACAUCAACUACUAGUUAUACUUAGAUGAAAAUGAUACAUAAAUGUUACUUAAUGGGAAGAAAUUGUACUUUUUUAAAACUAAUUAAAGUUCAACACUUUAAAAAAACAAAUAUCGUAAAACAAAUGUAACAAAAUGUUACAUAUCCGAGUAAUAAAUUAAAUGAAACUCAAUUUCAUGUUCAUCCUUCCAUCCUCUCUUCUAGCUUCCCUUCUAAAAAAUUAAAAAUUUCCUUAAAGUUAAUAUAUAAAAAGGUAAUACAAAAGGAAACCCAUUUGAUGAUAUAAAAAUUUCAUAGUAAAGGAAAAAAAUAAAGAAGAAAUUUGAAACAAGAA